AUGUUCUUUAUUGAAAGUAACUGCUUGCUACGCUACACUCUCAAAAUCAAAACAAUCGUUCUGAAGGGCGUCCUUGAGGAGAAGGAAAUAGACGUGACGUUCAUCACCGAAACGCAACCGGAGCUGAGUGCCAUCGAGGCCACCGGUGUCGAUAUUACCACUUCUAUUGGUACAAUCUCGCUCAUCGCGACAUACUGCCCAACUAAAGCCAAAGCCGGCCAAGGAUCAUUGGCCGCCCUUUGCACCAUCUGGAGCAACAUGGAGGAAGGUCACUACACGAUCCCAAGUCCGGAUUUCUCCUCCCGAAUAAUCCGUCACCCGCCAGGAGCUCAUAUCGAAUCACUGGCGGUGGCGGAAGUGGGCAUGAUAAAAAUGAUCCAGGCCAGAAUGGUAGACCUCGGAAAUAGUGAUUUCUCCAAUAAGAACGCGCUCUCCCAGACUCCCCAGCCCCAGCUGCCCCAGCCUGGCUCAGCCCAGCCCAGCCCCAGCCUGCUCAGCCCGCUCAGCCUGGCCCAGCCCCGCCUCAGCCCCUGGGCUCCAGCCUGCCCAGCCCGCCCCAGCCUGCCCCAGCCUCAGCCCGCCCAGCCUGGCCCAGCCCGUGCCUCAGCCCCUGGCUCAGCCCGUGCCUGGGCUCAGCCUGCCUGCCAGCCUGGCCUCCAGCCUGCCCGCUCAGCCUGGGCUCAGCCUGCCUCAGCCCGCUCAGCCUGCCUCAGCCCGCUCAGCCUGGGCUCAGCCUGCCCCUGCCUGGGCUCAGCCUGCCUCAGCCUGCUCAGCUCCUGCUCAGCCUGCCCGCCCCAGCCUGGCUCAGCCUGGGCUCCCAGCCUGCCUCAGCCCGCCCAGCUCAGCCUGGGCUCAGCUCCGCUCAGCCUGCCUGCCUCGCUCAGCCUGCUCACCUGCCCCAGCCCCAGCCCCAGCCUGCUCAGCCCAGCCUCCAGCCCCAGCCUGCUCAGCCCCAGCCCUGCCCAGCCUGGCUCAGCCCCAGCUGCCCAGCCCCAGCCUGGCCCCAGCCCAGCCUGGGCCUCAGCUCAGCCUGCCCCAGCCUGGGCUCAGCCCCCAGCCCCCAGCUCAGCCCGCCUGCCCGCCCAGCCUGGCUCAGCCCGCUCAGCCCGUCAGCCCAGCCCGCCUCAGCUCAGCCAGCUCAGCCUGCUCAGCCUGCUCAGCCUGGCUCCAGCUCAGCCUCGCUCAGCCUGCUCAGCUCGCCUCAAAGCCUGCCUCAGCCCCGGGUCAGCUCACUCAGCCUGGCUCAGCCCUGCCUCAACCCGCCUCAGCCUGGCUCAGCCUGCUCAGCCCCUCAGCUCACUCAGCCUGCCUGCCUCAGCCUGCCUAAAGCCUGCUCAGCCUGGCUCAGCUGCUCAGCCUGCCGCUCAGCCUGCUCAGCUCAGCCUGGCUCAGCCUCAGCUCAAAGCCUGGCUCAGCUCCUGCUCAGCCUGCUCAGCUGCUCGCUUAAGCUCAGCUCAGCCUGCUCAGCCUGCUCAGUUUCAGCUGCUUAAAGCCUGGGCUUAA